AAGUUAGCCGGCAGACAGAUGAUGUAACACAUAGAAAGUUCCGGAUGAACCAAAGGUCGACAUAAAACUCGCAAGCGACGUUGCGGCUCCAGAUUAUCGCGUCAGUUUUUCAUCAAACGCACAGCUGUCCAACCUUAAUAUUUAGGUAUGCCAAGAGGAAGCAGAAGCCGGACAUCUAGGAUGCCCGCCCCGGCCAGCCGGGCGCCACCAUCCCCACCACCCAUGGCCAGAGCAGCACCUCCUCCUUCCCACGCCCCUGUCCCAAUGCAGGCUCCUCCAUCCGCUGUGGGAGCACCGGCUGCUGCACCCAGGCAGCCGGGUAUGUUUGCGCAGAUGGCUACUACAGCAGCUGGGGUGGCAGUGGGCUCCGCGGUGGGACACACUAUUGGCCACGCGUUGACUGGUGGGUUCGGUGGAGGACAGUCAGAACCAGCCAAGCCCGACAUCACGUACCAGGAGCAACAUCAGCAGCAGCCACAGUCUUUCUACCAGCAAGAACAGCAGCAGCAGCAGCAGGUUUGCUCCUAUGAGCUCAAACAGUUCAUUGAGUGUGCACAGAACCAGAGCGACCUGAAGCUCUGUGAGGGAUUCGGUGAAGUACUGAAACAAUGCAGGUUUGCAAACGGACUAUGAUGAGGUGAAGACAAAGCGCUGCAGAGAAGAGGAAGUCACAAAUGUUAUCAAAGUUUUAGCAGGGUAUAAUUAUUAAGGGAUCAAUCAACAAAACAAGCUCAUUAUUUAACAUUUGAGUUUCAAGCAUCAUUUGUGAAGACCGCUGCAGAGCUUAGAAAAAUGUUUAUAUACUUUAGUGUUGUCAUUUCCUCAGUUUGUAAUUAUGAUGGGAGCUUGUGUUUCAUUAGCAUCCAUGCUUUUAGUUUCUUCUCUGAUACUUCAGACUCUGCAACAUGAACCUGUAAGAACAAAAAGUUUGCAUUUUCUGGAUGAGCAUUGCUCAAGGUUUGAUUGUACCAGUAAAAAAAUAAAGUUAAAUCUAAACCUGA